GCGCGCGGCGAGGGCCAUUCCGAGCCCUCUGCUCCCGCGAGUUGACGGGCCGCAGAGGGGCGAAUUUCGUGGGUGCCGUGGGUUCUGCCUGCCGCCGCCCGCCCCAGGCCAGCCCCGGUGCCCUCGCAGGGCCGCCCGACUCGGCAGCCUCGUUGCCGCAAGAGCCAGCUCUUCAGGCCUGGACGCCGAGGCUGAGAGGCGGUGCGGCCAUGGACUUCUCCAAGUUCCUGGCGGAAGACUUCGACGUGAAGGAGUGGAUCAACGCGGCCUUCAGGACCGGUUCGAAGGAGGCGGCGGCCGGGAAAGCGGACGGCCACGCGGCCACGCUGGUGAUGAAGCUGCAGCUGUUCAUCCAGGAGGUGAACCACGCCGUGGAGGAAACAAGUCACCAGGCUCUUCAGAACAUGCCCAAAGUGCUCCGCGAUGUUGAAGCCCUGAAACAGGAGGCGUCUUUUCUGAAAGAACAAAUGAUUCUUGUCAAGGAGGACAUUAAAAAAUUUGAACAGGAUACGUCUCAAUCGAUGCAGGUAUUGGUAGAAAUCGACCAGGUCAAGUCCAGAAUGCAGCUUGCGGCGGAGUCCCUUCAGGAAGCAGACAAGUGGAGCACACUGAGUGCUGAUAUCGAGGAGACCUUCAAGACUCAAGACAUAGCUGUGAUUUCUGCUAAGCUGACAGGUAUGCAGAACAGCUUAAUGAUGCUUGUUGAUACACCAGACUACUCGGAAAAAUGUGUGCAUUUGGAGGCACUGAAGAACAGGCUGGAGGCCCUGGCCUCCCCGCAGAUUGUAGCUGCGUUCACCUCCCAGUCUGUAGAUCAGUCCAGAGUGUUUGUGAAGGUGUUUACUGAAAUCGACCGGAUGCCCCAGCUGCUCACCUACUACUACAAAUGCCACAAGGCGCAGCUCUUAGCAGCCUGGCAAGAACUGUGCCAGAGUGACCUCCCCCUGGACCGGCAGCUCACUGGGUUCUAUGACGCCUUGCUUGGGGCUUGGCACACGCAAAUCCAGUGGGCGACGCAGGUUUUCAAGAACCCCCACGAGGUGGUGACCGUGCUGCUGAUUCAGACUCUGGGGGCCUUGCUGCCCACUCUGCCCGACUGCCUCAGCUCCAGCGUGGAGAGGGCAGGGCCUGAGCUGGAGCUCCUCAAGCUGCUAGAGUUCUAUGACACCACCACCCACUUUGCCAAGGGAUUGGAGAUGGCGCAGCUCCCCCACCCAUAUGAGCACAACCUGGUGAAAGUCACGGAACUGGUGGAGGCUGUGUAUGCUCCGUACAAACCGUACCAGCUGAAGUACGGCGACCUGGAAGAGAAGAACGUCCUCAUCCAGAUCAGCGCGGUGCCGUUGGAGCACGGCGAAGUCAUUGACUGUGUGCAGGAGUUGAGCCACUCUGUGAACAAGCUCUUCAGUCUGGCUUCUGCAGCCGUCGACAGAUGCAUCAGAUUCACCAACGGCCUGGGGACCUGUGGCUUGCUGUCAGCACUGAAAUCCCUCUUUGCCAAGAUAAUAACCACCUGUGGCGAGCUCUUGCGGCAAUGUGGGGACUUCGAGCAGCAACUAGCAAACAGGAUUUUAUCGACAGCCGGCAAGUACCUCUCUGACUCCUACAGCCCUCGGAGCCUGGCCGGGUUUCAGGAUAGCAUCUUGACAGACAAGAAGAGCUCUGCCAAGAACCCGUGGCAAGAAUAUAAUUAUCUCCAGAAAGAGAACCCUGCUGAAUAUGCCAGUUUAAUGGAAAUACUAUAUACCCUCAAGGAAAAAGGGUCAAGUAAUUACAACCUGCUGUCUGCGUCUCGUAUGGCCCUGACUCGGCUUAAUCAGCAGGCCCACCAGCUGGCUUUCGAUUCCGUUUUCCUGCGCAUCAAACAGCAGCUGCUACUCGUUUCCAAGAUGGAUAGCUGGGGCACAGCAGGCAUUGGUGAGACGCUGACCGACGACCUGCCCACCUUCAGCCUCACGCCUCUGGAGUACAUCAGCAACAUCGGGCAAUAUAUCAUGUCCCUCCCCCUGAAUCUUGAGCCUUUUGUGACUCAGGAGGACUCUGCCUUGGAGCUGGCCCUGCACGCUGGGAAGCUGCCCUUUCCUCCUGAGCAAGGGGACGAAUUGCCCGAGCUGGACAACAUGGCUGACAACUGGCUGGGCUCCAUUGCCAGAGCCACGAUGCAGACCUACUGUGACGUGAUCCUGCAGAUCCCUGAGCUGACGCUGCACUCCACCAAGCAGCUGGCCACGGACAUGGACUACCUGAUCAACGUGAUGGAUGCUCUGGGCCUGCAGCCAUCCCGCACCCUUCAGAACAUCGUGACACUCUUGAAGACCAAACCUGAGGACUACAGGCAGGUCAGCAAAGGCCUGCCCCGGCGCCUGGCCACCACAGUGGCUAACAUGCGGAACGUGGACUACUGACCGCCUCCCCCCAUCCCUGCACCUGGUUGAGAAGAGGCCUAGGGCUGGGGUUCAUGGGUCACAGCAGAUCUCCAGAAUGGAUUUGCUCAAAAAUUCUGCCUGGGGUUGGGAGGAUUCAUUUCCAAAAGACUUGGUUCAUUUGUAUAAUCAAAAAAACGGUUGCGGGGGUUGUAAAUUAGAGGCAUAUUAUUUAUUAGAGCAGAAUUUUCAGAUGAUUUUCUAAAUGAUCCGAUCUUGAAAAGGGAAUUGAUAAAUACCGUGAAAUGAAAGAAGGCUGUUUUCUUUCCUUUG